UGACUAGCAAGUAUGUUUUUGUCUGGGGUGAUCACGUACGCAUCUGCACGCACUUAUAAAUCAGUGUUUAUUUUUAGUAGAAGCUUUUUGUAGAUUUUCCAAAAUACUUGUAAAUACGUGUAUGGUAGCUAAGAAAUGUAGAAACUUGUCGUAUACUCUGGAUGUGAGAUUCAUUCUGAUCGAUUUAUUCGGAAUUUCUAAAUAUUGAUAUUCAAAACUGCCUCCGUAGACGGUGAAAACGAACACUCAGUCGCAAAUAUAAUCGACAAAGCGAUACACAGGUUCGGUAAUUCGUUUACUUCGCUCCGAGAGUGCUGUCUGUCAACAACGAGUAAAUUAAUUCACAGAACGGAUCGAAUAGCAACCGGAAUCAACCAUCAAUAAAUCCGAAUUACGAAAUCCCUGUUUUACUUAAUACUAAAUAUCUUCUCAAUAAGGUGUUUUCUACAUUCGUACAAACACAGUACAUAUUACACAUUCGAAAUUAAACAAUACCGCGAAACAUAUAAUGUUACGACACUUCAUCUUUUAAGACAAAGUAUUGUUGUUACUUUCUAUUGUUUCGUUCGAAUUUACUCCAAGGAGAUUGUUAAGUUGACUUUAACUGGAAAAAUUGAAAGUACUUUGAGACAAGUUGAAAGAUUCUAGUCGCAUAUCGUAUAUACAUCUCAGGAAAAAUCAAGUGAACAGUGUGUAGAUAGUGUGUAUGAGACCCGGCAUCGUAAGACGGUGUUACAAUAUUUGAAGUUUAUUUUCGAAAACGUUGUGCACUGAUCGUGUAAGAUGCAUAUUGUAUGUAAAUGUUUGAACGUGUCCAUAAAAUCCAGGGGCACUGAACUGCAAAUGGUCAACAUCGAUGAUAUUGAACUGACACUUCAAGAACAAACCGACGGUUUUUUUCGUCAGAAUUUAGCAACAAUAUCAGAGCUUGAAGGCAUCACUAAAGAACAGCCAGGUUUAGUGGAGAUAAGGAAUGUGGGAUCAUGGGUUAUUCACCGAUGUUACAAUUGUUCAAUGUACACACAUGCUGUGCACAGAGACUUUGGUGCUGCUUUAGUUCUUAUUAAUAAAGACAUUGUUACUUUACCCGAAGAAAUAGAUAAAUUGAAAUCAAGUCCAGAUUACAGUCCGGUCUUUAGAAUAGUUAUUGCUCAUAAUACUUUGGAGGAGCUAGAUUACCUACAACAGCCUACUAAAUUUUCUGUAUCACAAUUACCCAAUAAUAUACAAGUAGCUUUGGGUGGUCUCCAACAGCAGCUUGAAGAAGCAGUCCAACGAAGAUCUACAGAAAUAGAAGAUAAAAUUCGUGCUUUCACAGCAGAGCAGUAUCAAUUAUUAGAACAGUUUCGUGAACGAGCUCAUAAUGAGCAUAGAAUAUUAACAAGGUUAAUUUCUAAAGGGGAUGAAACAAAUAGAUUAACAAAUAAUAUAGAAACACCACCUACAACUCCGGACAGUUUUACAACCAGUUUAUCUACCUCUACAAAUAAUAUGAUGAACACAUCGUCAAAAGUAAUAUCAAGUGAAACAAAAAUUGUUACUGGUCCUAAUGUUAAGCAUGAAGGUGCUAAAUAUUCUCCUACCCCUGUUGUUAAUGGUAAUAUAGAUAAAAAGGAUCGAUUAUAUAUAUAUUCUAAGGAACCAGUUAGUUUUGAUGCAGAGGCUUUAUUUCCACUGGAAGGUAUGGAAGAUAUUCACACUACUGAUCAAGUCCAAUCUUCAGAAGAAGGAUCUGAUACAGAUGAUUCAGGUCAAGAUGAAGGUAUCCACAUGCCUAGAGGACAAAGAGGAGGACAUCCAACAUUGGCUAAAUCAUUACCAGUUACUGUUCCAUCUUUUCCUUCAUUUGUACGUAGAAGCGUUCAGGACGAGGACGAUGAUCAGCUGUCGAGAGAUCCUCACGAUCCACAUAAUAUUCGAGCUUCAAUUAAAGCUCUAGCUAAGAGCGUUCAUGGUGAUACAGUAUUUGGAGAUUUGCCACGACCUCGUUUCUCUACUCAAAUCUGACUUUAAAACAAUUUCAAAGAAAAGAGAUGAAAUACUAUGUUAAAAAAAACAUAUAUAUAAAAGUACCUAUUAUUCGUAAUUUGUCUUUCAGUGAAUUCUACAAGAGAUUGAUGUAUGCAAAGACAGAAUAAACAUAGAAGUGUAUAGAAGUA